AGGCAGCCCGAUCCCAGAAGGGGUCCUCGGUCGGCUCAACUAGAAGACGAAGGGGGCGUCUCCCCUGCUUCCUGCGGCGUCGGAGGCGAGUUGAGGCGGAGGCAGGCUGCAGCUGCGAAGGCGUCAGCGGUGGCGGCGGCGCCAUGGCAGGGCUCGCAGGAUCCCUGCUGCCUUGGUGAUCCCGGGCUGACAGCCAGAGACCACAGCGGCUCAGCUCCUGGAGAGCGAGGGUUGAAGAAAGCAGAGGGCAGCCGCCUGCGCCCGCUGGCUCCCAUUAGGUCGGUUCCUGCAGCGGUGCCCGGUGGCCUUGGCGAAGGCCCUGUCCAGCAGAGAUCAUGUAUUGCCUCCAGUGGCUGCUGCCCGUCCUCCUCAUCCCCAAGCCCCUCAACCCCGCCCUGUGGUUCAGCCACUCCAUGUUCAUGGGCUUCUACCUGCUCAGCUUCCUCCUGGAACGGAAGCCUUGCACAAUUUGUGCCUUGGUUUUCCUGGCAGCCCUGUUCCUCAUCUGCUAUAGCUGCUGGGGAAACUGUUUCCUGUACCACUGCUCCGAUUCCCCGCUUCCGGAAUCGGCACACGACCCCGGCGUUGUGGGCACCUAACAGCCAGCCCAGUUAGCUUUCCAAGGAAGCAGAAGACGGGAGGGGAGGCACUGACAUAGGUCAUAAAGCAUUGGAGUUUCAAAUCCCGCGGCCCUGCGGGUGCCACAUUCCUAAUGGCGCCUUUUUGGCCUGUGACGUUUUAUCCUUAUAAUGUGAAUAAUAGCACUGAUCGGUGCUUUUAUCGUAGAGUCCUGUAGUCGUGGGUGGUCUUGUGGUUGUAUGUGUUCUGUCCCCAUCUUGGCCCCCGACUGGCAGGAUGGCCACCCCCCUCGCCUCAUUCCCACGAGGAGCCUGCACCCAUCCUGGUCCACUGCCCCAGCAUGAUCCGGGCAGAUAAAAUGCCAGUCUCAUUGUCACCUCUGUGAACCUUCCUUGUCAGGGGUUCCUCCCUUCUCAGAGUAUUACUGACUCCUCCGUCCCUCUCUUGGCUUCCUGUUAGUUCUCUUUAGCCCUUUCCUUUUUUGGGGAGCACCUGUCCAAGACAGGGCUCAGUUUUGCACUUAUCUCGAAUAUAAAGAGAUUGCUGAUGCCCGAGAGCCUCGCUUUUUCAUCCUUCUUCCCUGGCCAGCAGGCUAGACAGAAUUGUGUCUUGACUGCUGUCCACAAAUCUUCAGUAUUUUCCCCACUUCAUUUUGAAGGAAGAAGUAACAGAUACAUGUUGCUCUUUCACCUGGGGGUCUGGGCUCCUGCUCAGCAGCCCAGCUUCGCUUCCUUUGCCCUUCCUCCUGCCUUUCUCAACUGUCGCAAGGAGGGGGCCUCAUUUUGUCUCCCAUGCAUGCUCUGCAGGAUUGACGUGUGGUGUGUUUACGUAGAUCUAGCGGUCCCCAGCCGAGUGAAUGGGAGAGUAUUGUGUGUUUCAUAACAGCCACGAUCCCCUGAUAGGUGUUUGGAUAUUUUUUGGUGUGGUGUGCCGUGCGUGCGUGUGUGUGUAUACAUACGUACGUGUACAAGUACAUGUGUAAAUCCUUUUUAAAGAAGCUUUAUCGAACGUGUUCUGAUUUUGAGGUGUAGCAAUAGCUAGCUUGUAGGGGCCGCUACAGUUGGUAUUUAGUAUGGGGAUUGCAGAGUGACCAGCACACUGGACUCCGAGGUGGUUCAGACGAGACAGAGGGGAGCAGUGGCCAUCGUCCUCGUGCCAGGAGCUUCUCCGGUCCUGCGCGUAUAGACUGUAUACGUUAUGAAGAAUACACGGGAAGACUUUGUGACUGUCACUUGCUUUUUUCUUCUUCUGCGCUUCAGUAAAAGUGUUGGCAAAUGAGACUGUCUCCUGGCCCCUGCCCGCUGGGGAUCAGCAUGGUUGUCCUUCCAGUCUAAACCAUCCAUCUUUCUCUUGCCUGAAGGGGGAGGGAGGUGGGCCAGGCAGAGGACAGAACUGGAGGCAGUCCAUCUAGGGAAUGGGACUGCGAGGCCACACUUGUGGAACAUUUGGACUGCUAUUCUGGAGCUUUUAUUUCUGGUGUGUUCGUUGCACAGCUGUUUGAAAUGUUUAAUAAAGCUUUAUAAACUUUA